AUGCCCGACAAACCCCUCACCAUCGCAACCUACGCCGCUGGCGCAUCGUUAGCAGCCAUCACCCUCGUCUAUGUCUUUGGCCCCACCUUUAUGCUCGACGAUGAAGCCUCACAAUCCUCGCGCUCCACCCGCAAGAGAGGUGUUGUUGGCCUUGUCAAUCCCGCCAAUGACUGCUUCAUCAACUCAGUCCUACAGACCUUGGCCGGUCUUCCCGAAUUGCGCAUCUACCUGAUCCGAGAAUUACACCGACGAAAGCUGGAUGGGAAAGAAAUUUACUCGAUUGUCGAGCAAUUGGAGGAUGAGAUCUCGCCCAAUGAGAGCAAGGAUAUUGUCAAGAUGAACGAGACGAAAGAGCCAAGCUGGAAGGUCUUGGGCUUGCAGCAAGGUCUCGUCACAGCUGGACUCAAGGACGUCCUGGACGCGCUUAACGAGCGACCCAUCUACAAGAAGACCAUCUCGGCCCGUACAUUCGUCAGUGUCAUGGAGACUGCUUUCAGAACACGCAUCAGUCGACAGCAGCAAGACGCCCAAGAAUUUCUACAGAUCGUGGCCGAGAGGCUGAGCGAGGAAUACCACGCUGGAAGGAAUGCCAGAAGAAAGGCCAAAUCGCUUAAGAGCCCCAGUACCACAACUCUCAAGUCACCAGAGACUGAAGACGACAUCAAAGAGAAUGGACACAAUGGACGACCGAACACGCUUCGCCCUGUAGAGUCGGCUCGAGGUCUGCAAGCAAAAUCAGAGAUUGAGCAGAUCCGUCAGAGUGUGCAUCAACCACCACAUGCAGAAGACGAUGACUUGCAAGACGAUCCGGGCUUUCCCUUCGAAGGAAAAAUUGAGGCUCAGAUCGAAUGCAUGACUUGUCAUUUCAAGCCCAAGCCUUCAGUAUCUGGUUUCGUUACCCUCACGCUCAACGUGCCGCACCACUCCUCGACCACACUUAACGCGUGCUUCGAUGGUAUGCUGAAAGUCGAACACAUCGAUGACUACAAAUGCGAGAGAUGCCGUCUGGAACAUGCCAUUCAAGUCAAGACCAAGGAGUUAUCACGCGCUUCGGACGACCAAACACGCAAUCUCCUGACUCACGAACUGUCCGCCCUAGAGAACGCACUCGCUACGGAUCCGGAAGCUCUACCAAAGAACAUCAAAUUACCCGACCCAUCUCUAGCUCCCAAGCGUCGCAUCUCACGCCACAUGCGCAUCAGUGCCUUCCCUAAAGUCCUCGCCAUCCACCUCUCACGAAGUGUCUGGGAUCCUAAUUCCAGCAGUAGUAAGAACAUGGCCAAAGUCAGCUUCCCGGAAACACUACCAUUGGGUGGACUGUUAGAUCAGCAUUCUUAUCGUCUUCUGGGCGUGGUAACGCAUAAGGGAGGUCACAACAGCGGUCACUACGAGAGUUUCCGACGGCAAUACCUGGCAGAACCAUAUAGCGCCAAAUUAAGCAUGGGUACACAAGGCAUGUACUCCGCUCAAGGAACACCGAGAGCAAGUGGCAUGCCCAGUCCAAUGCUCGAGCCCACUACCCCUGGCCUCUCACAUUNNCCCCCCUCCAGCAGCGGUAAUAGCACAUCCUCACGUUCUUCCUCAAAGAAGCGUUUUUCCCUUCGCCAUCGUCAACAUUCGAAACACGCAGAUGGCACCAGCGACGAGAAGAGCACAGUCAGCAGCAGCAGUGGUGCCGAAACGCCCUUGCCGCAGCAAUCACACAGUCCCUCGAAACCAACUUCGGAGCCUACAUACCAACAAACCGCUCGCACAUCCUCAAAAGCAGGAAAAAGCCUUGAUCUGAGUAGGUUAAAACGAAAACAGAGAAACCAGCAUAACAGAUGGUGGAGGAUCAGUGACGACAAGAUCAAGGAGUCCAAGACCAGUGAUGUGUUGGGCAUGCAGAGGGAAGUUUAUCUGCUCUUCUACGAAAUCAUGGUGCCUGAGGUUUGA